UUUGAAAUCUCCCAGGAGUCAGGAAUUAAUGAUUUAAGACCUUUGAUCCUAAUGGUUGGGUACCCCACAUUUAUAUUUAAGCAUGCAGGCAAUGGCAUCCUGAAGAGGGUUAUAAACUUUGGUUUUGCUUAUAUUCUUCUUUGUUACAUGCCAUGCUGCAAUUCUUGUCAUUGAUUUUUUAUUCUUUUGCUUCUUCCACCACUGCCCCCCAUCAUCCAAAGAGAAAAUGAGUUCAUAUUUUGAGGAAAGGGCACCUUGUUGUGGAACUCACUUUUGGGUUUUACUAAGCAUGUGUUGUGCUUUUGUGUUAUUUGCUGCUACCACAUCAGGUCUUGCUCUAGGACUCUUGUCCUUCAGCCAAGUUGAUCUUGAGGUUCUUGUUAAAGCUGGCCAACCUCAAAUCCAGAAAAAUGCAGCGAAGAUUAUGUCCAUUGUAAAGAAUGAGCAUUUAGUUUUAUGCACCCUCCUCAUAGCUAAAUCAAUGGCACUGGAGGGGGUUUCUCUUUUUAUGGAGAAAAUGUUCCCAGAGUGGCUUGCUGUAAUAAUAGCAGCUACCAUUUUGGCUAUUGCAGCAGAGAUUAUCCCUCAAGCCUUGUGCUCUCGAUAUGGUUUAAGUGUUGGGGCAACAUUGUCUCCAUUUGUUCGAGUUCUGAUGCUGAUUUUCCUCCCAAUUACAUAUCCACUUAGUAAGUUGUUGGAUUGGCUUUUUGGCAAGGGGCACACAGCACUUUUAGGUAGAGAAGAGCUGAAGACUUUAGUCCAUUUACAUGCCAAUGAGGCAGGGAAAGGUGGAGAGUUGUCACUUCAUGAAACUAAAAUAAUUGCUGGAGCUUUGGACUUGACACUGAAGACUGCUAAAGAUGCUAUGACCCCUAUAAGUGAAACAUUUUCUCUUGACAUAAACUCCAAACUUGACAUGUAUACAAUGAGCUUAAUAAUGAGCAAAGGUCACAGCCGUAUACCAGUGUAUUCUGGAAAAGAAGCAAAUAUUGUUGGUAUUAUCUUGGUCAAGAAUUUAAUCUUCUGUCAUCCUCAAGAUGAGACGCCAAUUAAGUAUACGAAUAUCAGGAGAGUUCCUAGAGUUGGUGAAGAUUGGCCACUGUAUGAUAUCUUGAAUCAAUUCAAGAAGGGUCAAAGUCACAUGGCUGUUGUCCUCAAGUGUGAAGAGAACACCAGAACUGUUGCAAUUGAUACAGAAGGAAAAAUUCCAGGAGGCUCAACUGAUGCAUCAAAUUGGCUUUCACAAGAAACAGAAUAUUAUAGUGCAACACUGAAGAGUGUCAUGCAUCGAGAGAGUGACUCAGAUCAUCCACAAAGAAGAUCAGAACAACCUGAUGCAAGUUCAUCCUUUGAGAAUUUAGAGUCUCUUCCAACAACGGAUGAGCAAGUGGUUGGGAUAAUCACAUUAGAAGAUGUGAUGGAAGAGUUGCUUCAGGAAGAUAUAUUGGAUGAAACUGAUCAAUAUGUUGAUGUCCAUCAAAAUAUCAGAAUCAAACUACAACAUGCAAGAAGAGUGUCAUCAGGGUCCUCGAGAAGGGCUUCAAGUUAUCGUCAACAACGGAGAAGUUCAGACGCAUCUCGAGUUUGCUUUUUAACUCCUGCCCAUGUUUCACCCGUUUCUCCAUAAGCAAAAAAAAUCACGUCCCAUGUUUCUCAUCAAGAAUUUGUCCUACGUUGUUUUAUUUUAAUGUCCCAUAUAUAUGAUUUCAUCCAGUAUUGUGACAUCGAUUUCUUGUUGAGUUCUAUUAAUUAUGAAAUUAAUGUGCUGCCUCUUUAUAUUUAGGACAAG